AUGUCGAAGGCCAGUCCGCUCCGAUGGAGCAGGAUACGACAUCUCUUCCGCAAUGCUUUCUCUGAAUUCUUCGGGACCAUGAUCAUGAUGCUCUUUGGGGAUGGGGUAGUAGCGCAAGUGCUGCUCAGCCAGAGACAGAAGGGCGAGUACCAAUCGAUCACUUGGGGCUGGGGACUAGGCGUUAUGCUCGGAGUCUACGUCUCCAGCCCCUCAGGCUCGCACCUCAACCCCGCCGUCACCCUCGCCAGCUGCCUCCUCCGCCGCUUUCCCUGGCGUCAACUCCCCAUCUACAUCCUCUCCCAGCUCCUAGGCGCCAUGUGCGGCGCGGCCAUAGUUUACGCCAACUAUCGAUCCGCCAUCGACGCCUACGAGGGAGGGUCCACGAUCCGCACCGUGCCCGGCUACUCCUCGACCGCCACCGCAGGCAUCUUCAGCACUUAUCCGGCUCCCUUCAUGACACGAACGGGCGAGUUCUUCUCCGAGUUCCUGGCCAGCGCCAUCUUGAUGUUUGGGAUCUUCGCCGUGAAGGACAACACCGAGCACAAGCAGAACAACAAUACCAGCACCACCACGACCACCACCAUAAAGAACAGUCCCUCGACCGCACCCAUAACCACGACCCCGGCCCCAGCACCGCCAACGGGCCCCCAUCUACCCUUCAUGAUGCCCCUGGCCAUGUUUUUCCUCAUCUUCGGUAUAGGGGCCUGCUUCGGCUGGGAAACAGGAUAUGCGAUCAACCUAGCGAGGGACUUUGGGCCGCGCCUAGUGACAUACAUGAUCGGGUACGGGACCGAAGUCUGGAAGGCUGGGGAGUAUUACUUCUGGAUCCCGAUGAUCUCCCCCUUCCUCGGCUGCGCCUUCGGCGGCUGGUUCUACGAUGUAUUCAUUUACACAGGCUCCGACAGCGUGGUCAACCAUUCCCCCUUCCUGGGCCUCGGGCGACUUAUCCAGCCUUUGCGGGGACGCAGUCUCACACGCAUCAACUUUAACCGCACCCGUCGGCAGCGUCAGGUUGAUGUGGAGCUCCAGAGUCCUGUUUGA